CUUCAUUUCAACCUCAUUCGAAAGCCAUUCCGCAAUAAUGAAAUAAAAUAAAAAAAUUGCCUCAGCCAUGGGCCAGCAACACAGUCAACAAUCCAAUGAGGCCGAUGGCGGUUGGGGAUCGUGCGCGCUCAGCCCGGAGCCCCACUACAGGUACUCCUACUGCUGUCUCAAAGUCCAACCACACUGGAAUUACGAACAGAGGCAGAAAGAGCUCAGCAGAGUCGUUAACAACGUUCAAGCCCACGGGCGGAGGCACGUCCCACCCAGGACCCUUGAGGCCCACAAGGCUGCGAGGAGGCGGCGGCAAACCCACGUCCUAACCCAACAGUAUGGACCGGGCCAUUGGGUCGCCUUCUUCCGUGAUGACCCCAGGACACCGGUCGUUAUUUCUGGUCGCGGGACACUAGGGUUCUGUUCCAAUAUGAAGAGCGAUGGAAUGGAGGGCUUGCGCGAGGCCCCUUGUACGGUCCAGCCGAUCAAAUUGGCGAUGUAG